AUGGACCAGUUUGAUAGAGAUCAGGAUGACGAACUCCAGUUCAGUCACAAGUCAAGCAAGAACAUUAAAGUGCAUUCAACAUUUGAGUGCAUGAAACUCAAACCAGACCUACUCAAAGGUAUCUACAGUUAUGGAUUUGAGGCUCCAUCGGCUAUUCAAUCCAGAGCCAUCAUGCAGAUUAUCAAUGGUAGAGAUACCAUUGCACAAGCCCAAUCAGGAACAGGGAAAACAGCCACCUUCUCCAUAGGAAUCUUGCAAGUGAUAGAGUCCAAAUCCAAAGAGUGUCAAGCAUUAAUCUUAUCUCCCACGAGAGAAUUGGCCGUUCAGAUCCAAGGAGUAGUCAAACAUUUAGGUAACUAUAUGAAUAUUCAGACCCAUGCAUGUAUUGGAGGAACACAACUUGGAGAAGACCUAAAGAAGUUGAAGCAGGGCCAACAAAUUGUUAGUGGGACCCCAGGAAGAGUAUUGGAUAUGGUGAAAAGACGGAACUUAAACAUUAGAAACGUCAAAAUGUUAAUAUUGGAUGAAGCAGAUGAGCUUUUCCUUAAAGGGUUCAAAGAUCAAAUCUAUGAAAUCUACAAGUUCUUACCAAGUAAUGUUCAAAUUGUCAUUGUUAGUGCCACUAUGUCAAGGGAAGUUCUUGAACUCACCAAUAAGUUUACCACUGACCCGGUGAAAAUCCUUGUGAAGCGUGACGAUGUUACAUUGGAGGGGAUCAAGCAGUUCCACAUUCAAUGUGAAAAGGAAGACUGGAAGUUCGAUACACUCUGUGAUUUGUAUGAUUCGUUGACCAUCACCCAAGCAGUCAUCUUCUGUAACACGAAGGUUAAGGUCAAUUGGUUAGCAGAGCAGAUGCGUAAACAAAACUUCACGGUAGCUUCAAUGCACGGUGAUAUGAAACAAAAUGAAAGAGACUCCAUUAUGAAUGAUUUCCGUUCGGGUAGUUCAAGAGUGUUGAUCUCAACAGAUGUGUGGGCCAGAGGGAUUGAUGUUCAACAAGUGUCGUUGGUAGUCAACUACGAUCUUCCUUUAGAUAAGGAGAAUUACGUCCAUAGAAUUGGUAGAUCCGGUAGAUUUGGUCGGAAGGGGGUUGCUAUAAACUUGAUCACCAAAGAUGAUGUUUCGGGACUUCGAGAGAUUGAACGGUAUUAUUCGGUUAAGAUAAAGGAAAUGCCUGCUAAUAUCAAUGAUCUAAUGUAA